CCGGCCCGCGGUCUCUCAGGGCACACCAAGGCCAUCAGGUGGGGGGUGGCAUCCUGCCGAAUAUCGGCUCCUGGUCCGCACUAUAAAAAGUCAGGGCGUCGAUGGACAAUUCGCAGAGUACCUCAGCAGCUCAACAAGCAACAACCAUGCAGUCCCUGGUCGCUUUCUCCCUCCUCGUCGUCGCCGCUCUGGCCGAACCCCAGGUCUUCUACCCUGGCUACGCCGGCUACGCUGGAGUCCCGGCCGCCGGAGUGUAUGGAUAUGGAGCUUACCCCUAUGCGGGUGGCUAUGUUGCUGGCAGCCCCGUGAUCACCAAGACCAUCGCCGUCCCCUCCCAGGACACCUCUCGCGGUCUCCCCCAGCCCGUCCAGGACACCCCUGAGGUUCAGGCUGCCAAGGCUAACUUUGCCGCUGAGUACUACAACACCGCUGCCCGUGCUGCCGUUGGUACCCCUGUGGUGUCAUCCCCCUACUUCGGAGGAUACUAUGGCACCCCCGUGGUUGGAUCUCCCGUGGUCGCCCUCAAGAGCCGUAGCAAGCGUGCCGUGACCGCCGUCCAGACCCCUGCCUCCACCACCCCUCUGGUGUACUCCAGCGCUCGUUUCGCCGCCACCCCCUACGCCGCCGCCACCUACGCUGCUCCGUACGCCGCCCCCUACGCCGCUGCUGCUUACACCACCCCCUAUGCCGCUGCUCCCUACACCUACGGAGGCGCCUACUACAGCGCCCCUGCCGCCUACGGAUACCAGUACGCCGGUGCCGCUGCUCCCGUGACCUAUGCCUACUAAGCGAUCUUAAUGACAACGGACUGAACUUUAGUUGUACGACAAUCAUCUCUAUGAGAUUCCCGACUUUAGGCCUUAUGCUGAAAUUUUUCCUCCAAAAUGAGAAUAAAGCAAAUAUAGCCAAAA